UGAUACGUAGUUGUUGCGGUUUGAUUUCGCUCUGCUUUGGUGAAGCUACAAAUAAGGAAAUUCAGCCAUUCAGGCUUUUUCCUACUUCUGUAUUGUUUGAACAAUGUUUUUUAUCAAAUCAAUGUCAGCAUUUUAAAGUGUUUAUGUGAGAUAAUUAUUGCAUUAUUGAUAACAGAAAGUGUCAUGUGUCAUUUUAAAUAGAUAGAAUUCAUCGAUGUGAACUAGAAGUUCAGUGAUUUUAUUUAAUAUCAGGAGUAGCUGGGUUUAUGCAUAGUUCAGUGGUAUUUGAAUAUGCAGAUGCAACGCGCAGAUAGUUUUUAUGUGUUGGUGAGACGUGAGAGCGGGAAUGGGAAUAACAUUAGCAGUGCAUUUUAACUCCAGGCUGGGAGUUGACCCCUACGUUACGUGUGCUUCACACCCACGCUACAUCUAAAAAGUGAUAAAACUUCAGAUUUGUAGUGCAAUUGAUAAUUUUAAUUAUUAACAAAAAAGGAAAAAACAGUGGCCACUUUUUCAUUGGAAUCAGUCAGUAUCCAUGCAGGAUCGCUAAUUUCAACCAAGCUGUGCACACUGCAAUAGCAUUAUUUGGGUCAAUUGACGUGUAAAAUAAGAACUGGAGCAGGUGUCCCAGAAUAAGUGAAGUUGAAAAAUUACACUGGCCUAGCAUAUUCUUAAUUGAGGAAACAAAAGUAAUAGUGAAGAGCAUUCCGCGCUGGCGAGAGCAGGCAGUGAUUUAUGGACUACAUUUUUGUAGUCUCGUGUAUUGGUGUAUUGUUAUUGCCUGUUUCUUUCUGAUAUAUUCUGGUUUAUUGCCAUGUGUUUCAAACUUAAGGGUUUAAACCAAAUGUGUAUUAGUUGUAAACAAAUGUAGAGUGCUUAUUUAUGUUGGUACAGUGACGGAAGCUGUGCUACGAGAUACAAACAGCCUGUGUAGUGUAUUUGAUAAAUUAAAGUGAUCCAAUAUUAUGCUCACAAGAAAGUCUGAAAACCUUGAUUAUAAAAAGUUUUAACGGAUCAAUCGAUUAUAACUCUAUCCACCUACAGUAAUCGUGAGCGCGAACCAGAAUAAAAUGGCUGCCAUCAUUGCUACAACACCGUUGGUUGUCAUCAUUGCCAGUUCGGUCAAACUGGUGCCGUCAUCUGAUGGGAAACGAGUUAGGGAGUAAUUUGAAAAGUGAAAAUGAAAACGAGCAUUACUUGAAUGCCACUUGGAAAAACAAUCAUGUUCAAUCGAAAUCAAAGCUUGAAAAUAUAAGUUUAUUCUAUAGCUGCUACAUUGUUGCCUUGGAAAUAAUUAUUCACAAGCAAAUACGACACAUCAAGUUAUUGUCCUGUGGGAUCACCUCUUCUAUAUAACAAUAAAAUCUGGCAUUGUUGAGCUAUGGAUGAUGAAAUUCUGAAGACAGUAGAGUCUAUGCUUGGCACAAACAUUCAGGUGGUGGAUUGCGAGAAAACCCAAACUAUUAGUGAGGAAGAAGUGCUGCUAAUUAAUGGCGUCCCUGUUACUCUGGAAGGAUCUGAUGGAAAUGCUAUUAAAAAAGCCCUGAUCGCUGGUGAGAUUCCCUCAUGUGAUGUGCUCAAUCAGCUACUGUUUCGAGCUGGAGUUUUGCGGCAGCCUGUGCAGCUGGAGACGUCACUGAGCGUGAAAACAAGCACAGUAACUACUGAAGAUAUUACCAUCGCACGAAAUGGUCGAAUAUUGGACGAGAGAUCUUGCGAGACGAAGGAAAAUAAUUAUUACACCAGUACAUCUAAUGAAGUAUGGGAGCCAGUCAGUAGACUUAAAAAGAAAAAACAGCCAGAAAUCAUCGAUGCACGCACUGUAGACGAUAUACUCUCUAAUCAGCUCAAAACCGGAUUGUACUUAAUGGAAAACGAAUCUUCCUGUCAAAAUAUUCCUUCCCACCCAAUGCGCCAAAACUCAAUUUGUACUGAAUCUUCCACGUCGUCGUCUGCAGAGUCCAAUUAUUCCUCAUCCCGACCUGUUAGCAAUGUGUCAAACACUUCGUAUGACAACUUUGUUUGCCAAAUUACGCCCAUGCAUUCAACGACUAAUAAUCCGAGUAAAUCAUAUACCAAACUAUUGUCGAACAAGCAAAGUAUUAGCUGUGAUUCUGGAAAUGACGAAGUAACAUUAACCUCGGUCUACAGCAGUGGUGCGGGAGGUGGUCAUGAGUUUAACCUAUAUAACGACAUAUCGAAGACCAACACUGCCAAUUCCCUGCAGACCGAUUCGUCUUUUGGGUGCGAUUUCUCACCGCCCGCUUCAUUCCAUGACGUACCAGAUAUAGCGGUCAUUUCACAUAAUGGCUGUUCCAAGUCACCAACGCUACAGAAAAAGCGCAAUCGCACUUUACUUCGCAGCAAGCCGCAGAAACACGUUUACAAGAAUCAUGAUGCCAGUAGUUCGAGCACCAUUGAAGAUCCUAGUCUUAACGACGAUAAUUGUCUGGUGUAUCGCGACGGUAAUCUAAUUUCCGGAACACUGGAGGCACUUUUGAAGCACAUGGUUCCCACGAGUGAUUACUAUCCGGAUCAAUCAUAUCUCUUUGCAUUUCUGUUGAGCGCACGAUUGUUCAUCAAACCGCACGAGCUCUUGCAACAAGUAUGUGAUAUUUGCCAUGAGCAGCAACAACUGAACAUUUAUCUAAAUAACAACAAUAACAACAAUGGCAUCGCCACUCAGCAAAAAGCUCAAAAUUUGAGUCGUUUCGCGUGUAAUUUUAUCCAGCUGUUGUCCGAAUGGAUCGAAACAUUUCCCUAUGAUUUCCGUGAUGAACGAGUUAUGCAACACGUAAGAGAAAUGACCCAAAAAUGCAUCACUAUUGAUUCCAAACUUCGUUCUGAAGUUUCAACUUUGCUGCAGAACCUACUGCAACGAUUGAAAACGCUAGAGAAAUACGAAGAAUUCCUUGAUAAAAUAACUCUUGAGGGAAGCAAGGAAUAUGAUAUUAAGACUGGUGGACAACAGCGUACUGAUUCACGAAAUAGCACUAAUAGCUUCCACCCGGCCUCCGAGAAAUCUUCAUCUUCGAUACAUCACCAAGCAUCCUCUUCAACCUCGUCAGUUAACAGUAUUUCAUCGAUAAGUUCUACUUUGUCAACUCCAGACAUAACCGAUCUCUGUCCGAGUCCUUCAGUAUUAUCACAUCAGUUGACGCAUAUCGAGCUUGAACGACUAUCCUAUAUAGGACCGGAGGAAUUUGUACAAGCAUUCGCCAAAGAGAAUCCAAACGUUGAUACGUCAAUCAAAGAUAUGAAGAAAACCCGAAAUCUAGAGUCGUACGUUCAAUGGUUCAAUCGACUAUCAUACAUUGUGGCAACUGAGGUAUGUAAGCAUUCUAAGAAAAAACAACGAGCUAGGGUCAUUGAGUAUUGGAUUGAAACAGCGCGGGAAUCAUUUAACAUUGGUAAUUUUAACACGCUAAUGGCUAUUAUUGCUGGACUUAACAUGUCACCAAUUGCACGAUUGAAGAAAACGUGGGCCAAAAUUCAGUCCGCAAAAUUUUCUAUAUUGGAACACCAAAUGGACCCUACUAGCAACUUCAGCAGCUAUCGGUCAACACUCAAAGCAGCGAUGUGGCGAUCGGAGGGGGCCACCGACGAAAGGCAACGAAUUGUAAUUCCAUUUUUUAGUUUACUAGUCAAAGAUCUGUACUUUCUCAACGAAGGAUGCACCAACAAAUUACCAAAUGGCCAUAUUAAUUUCGAAAAGUUUUGGCAACUUGCCAAACAAGUGAACGAGUUCAUAGGUUGGAAACAGGUUACGUGUCCGUAUGAGAAGAACAACAAGAUCAUCAUGUUCCUACAGACGAACAGUAUUUUAAACGAAAACACACUGGCGAUGGCGUCAUUCGAUUGUGAACCACCGGAGAAUAGUAGUGAGAAGGAUCGUUAUAAAACUUUGAAGCACGAACAUUACAACAACUAAUCGUAAUAUUUAUUUGGUCCAACAACACAAGCAAACUUGCAAGUUUUGCACAAACACUGCUUGGAAAAAUUUAUAUCGUAUUUUACCAACGCAAAGUAUUGCAAAUGAUUAAAUCUACUUACAUGAAGUCAAAAACAUACAGAAUCGAGUAAAGUAAAGGAUAAAUCUCACCUAUACACUGCAUUUACUGAUAAAAGAUUUUUUAGAUAUUUUAUACUUACGAAGAACUCUUUUUUAGAAUUAAGCUACUGUCUAACAAAUACGCUAGGUAAAAAAGCAAUUCAUGUCCCCAUUGGGCAUAGGUUUGCCGGAGUCUAAGGCUAACGUAAAAAUAUAAAAUAUUGUAUCAGUAACAAGUGUGGUACGUACAAACGUACAAUUUAGGACUGCCUGUAUGGUUAGGUAUGCAGAAUUUUUCAAAAAAUUCAUAAUUUAGUUGUAUUUUUUUCACCCAGUGAAUUUUUAUCAGGCAUUCAAAUGUAUUUCAAAAAUAUUAAGAGAAGCCUUAGCAAAAUUAUUAGCUGCAGGUCACUGUGAUUAGUUUUGUUUGUUUCUUGUCUAGCUUUGGUUAUAAGUAUUUAUUUCGUUGUUACUCUUUCUCGAUUUUAUAGAUUUUAUUUUGCUUUGUUUUUUCGUUUGUAAUGUAUAUAUGUAUUAUACAUAAUGAAUUAUGUUUCGUUAAAGUGCAAGUUCUAGCUUUAAUUUUUGAUUGCAAAAUUUAUGGUAUUAAAGCGCUAAAAUUUCCUUAGUAACCGUAAAAAAUA